CAUCAGUCCAGACUUGCUUUGAUUUCGACUGGGAUGCUACACAAGGGAAAAGGACUCCAGAUGAGAGAAGAACAGAUCAGAUCUAAGAAAUCAGCUGUGAGAGACAAGGAUAAAUGCACAAAACACACCGACUCCAAACCCACAAACUCACACAAGCAGCCCGUCAGCGGAGCAGAUGGAAACAGCAGCGCUGCACUCAGAUCCAGAUCCAGCUUCGUUAACCAGGAGGGAGUUAAUGAACCAUCAUCAGUAACGAGCAACGCAGCUUCAUCUCAGCCCUGAACGCUCAUCAUCUCCACCGAGGGGCGUCUCCAGAAUCUGCUGGAUCCUGGUCCUUCCUCUUCCAUCCGGAUCUCCAGAACCUGCUGGAUCCUGGUCCUUUCUCUUCCAUCUGGAUCUCCAGAACCUGCUGGAUCCCAGUUCUUCCUCUUCCAUCUGGAUCUCCAGAACCUGCUGGAUCCUGGUCCUUCCUCUUCCAUCUGGAUCUCCAGAACCUGCUGGAUCCUGGUCCUUCCUCUGUCUUCCAUCUGGAUCUCCAGAAUCUGCUGGAUAUUUCCUCUUCCUCUCCGGUUCCAUCAUGCCGAUCAUCAGCAACACCCACCAGGACUUCAGCAGCUUCUCCAUCAGCAGCGACGACAGCAGCCUCGACCGCUUCUUCACCCAGAUCCCUGAGACGGAGACGGUUAAAGGCGUCUACUUCCAGCGGGUCCAGCACCUGAGGGGCCCCCAGGCCCUCAGGAGCCCCGAGGCCCUGCAUGACCCCGACCUGCAUGAGGUGGACCAGGACCUGCAGGAGGUGGACCACAGCCUGCAGGCCCUGGUGAACGUCGGGGGGAGCCGCUACUCCUUCCCCUGGUCCACCCUGGAGGAGUUUCCCCAGAGUCGCCUGGGUCUCCUGAGCCGCUGCUCCUCACUGGAGGAGAUCGCCCGGCUCUGCGACGACUACGACCCGACGAACCGGGAGUUCUUCUUCGACCGGAACCCUUUAGCCUUCAGGGUCAUCCUGAACCUCCUGGCUGCAGGGAAGCUGCGUCUGCUCCGGGAGCUGUGCGCCGUCUCCCUGCAUGAAGAGCUGCAGUACUGGGGCCUGGACCCGGGUCACAUGGAGCGCUGCUGCCGCCGCCGCAUGGCGACCCGCGUCGAGGAGGUGGAGGAGCAUCGACGCAGGGAGGAGGAGUGGAACCGGAAGAGGAUGAUGCUGAGGAAGAGCAUCAGCAGAGAGGAGGGCUCCAGGAGGCUGAUCUGGGCUCUAAGGGAGGUGAUGGAGAAUCCUCACUCAGGAUUGGCUGGGAAGAUGUUUGCCUGCCUGUCAAUCAUCAUGGUGGCCGUCACCGUCGUCAGCCUCUGCAUCAGCACCAUGCCGGACCUCAGAGACGAGCAGAACAGGGGCGAAUGCUCCCAGAAGUGCCAGCACAUGUUCGUGGUGGAGUCCGUCUGCGUGGCCUGGUUCAGUCUGGAGUUCCUGCUGCGGUUCCUCAACGCCCCCGAUAAACUAGCCUUCGCCCGCGGGCCGCUCAACGUCGUCGACGCCGUGGCCAUCCUGCCGUACUAUGUGUCCCUGGCAGUGGACCUGGGGGACGAGUCCCGGGGGGACCAGGGGCCCCCGGAGGACCAGGGGGCCGGCAGGGGCCACCUGGACCGCCUCGGCCUGGUCCUGCGGCUGCUCCGGGCCCUCAGGAUCCUGUACGUGAUGCGGCUAGCGCGCCACUCGCUGGGCCUGCAGACGCUGGGCCGGACCCUGCGGCGCAGCGUCACCGAGUUCGGCCUUCUGCUGGUCUUCGUCUGCGUGGCCGUUGCACUCUUCUCGCCGCUGGUCCACCUGGCAGAGAGCGAGCUGGCCCCACCGGCCGGCCGGCGUGGAACCGGCAGCUUCGGCAGCGUCCCGGCCUCUUACUGGUGGGCCGUCAUCUCCAUGACGACGGUGGGCUACGGCGACAUGGUGCCACGCAGCGUCCCGGGGCAGCUGGUGGCCUUCGUCAGCAUCCUGAGCGGCAUCCUCAUCAUGGCGUUUCCCGCCACCUCCAUCUUCCACACCUUCUCCCAGGAGUACCAGGAGCUCCGGCAGGAGAACCAGCGGAUCUGGAAACAGGAGCUCCGGCAGGAGAACCAGCAGGUCUGGAACCAGGAACACCAGGAGAACCAGGAGCUCCGGCAGGAGAACCAGCAAGUCUGGAACCAGGAACACCAGGAGGAGCAGGGAGGCUGGGCCCAGACCGGUUCCUCCCAGACCGGUUCCUCUCAAGAGGACUUCAGGUCUGGGAUGCUGAUGCUCUGAUGUCAAACCAGAUUCAUCACUUCACACUUCCAGUUUCUGACGGAGCACUAACCCGCUUCCAGAGCGGGUCAGAACAAGGUGGCGGUUAGCGUAUCGGCCUGAAUAUAAGAUGACCCUGAUUAUAUAGACCCUCCAGAAAAAUGCGGGCAAAAAUCUUUGAUUAUGCGAUGAAAUAUUCAGGGUUUUUGUAUGAUUUUAUGCGGUGAAAUUGCGGGGAGUUGCGAAAUAUGCUGAAAGUUGUGAAAUAUGCGAAAAGUUGCAGAAUAUGCAGGAAAUGUAAUAAAGGUGAUUCUGCCUGUUCUAACUGGGCUACUACUGAAUAAGAGAUUGUGGU